GAAGAAGUCGACGUCAAAAAGUUGGAAUUCCUUCUCUUUCACUUCCUCUAUCAUGUCCUUCACCCUUGAGACUUCUUUGGCCAACCACAUCCUUAACGGUUUCUUCGAAAACGCUUCCUACGUUCAGGGCUUCGAGGCCUCUGCUGCCGACAAGAAGGUCUUCGAGAGCCUUUCCGAAGGUCCCAACGCCGAACAAUUCCCCCAUCUUGCCCGUUGGUACAAGCACAUUGCUGCUGUCAACGGUUUGACCACCAAGACUGCCGCUGCUGCUACUGCUUCCGCUGCUGCUGAGGAGGAUGAUGAAGAUAUUGAUCUUUUCGGUUCUGACGACGAAGAAGUCGAUGAGGCCGCCGAGAAGCUCAAGGCUCAACGUCUUGCUGAGUAUGCUGCCAAGAAGGCUAACAAGCCCAAGACCAUUGCUAAGACCACUGUCACUCUCGAUGUCAAGCCUUGGGAUGAUGAGACUGAUAUGGACGCUUUGACUGCCGCCGUCAAGGGUAUUGAGUUGGAUGGUUUGGUUUGGGGUGGAUCCCAACUCGUUGCCAUUGGUUACGGUAUCAAGAAGCUCCAGAUCAACUGCGUUGUUGAGGAUGACAAGGUUUUGCUUGACGACCUUUCUGACAAGAUCACUGAGUUUGAGGACUUUGUUCAAUCCGUCGAUGUUGCUGCUAUGCAAAAGAUCUAAGUAGUUGCAUAUUGUAUAUGUCUUCAAUAAACCACCACCAAAUGCCUUUUUCACAGAUGAUACUUUUGUAUCGAUAGGCCAGGCCGUUCUGACGGGUCCAAAUUUAUUAUUUU